CGCGGGCACCGCACACCUACGAGCUCGGAUCGCAGUCCUUUCGCAGCGGCCAACGGUACUGGAUGUGCCGCUAGCUGCUCCGCACUAAACAAACAGAGACGCGAGGAAACUCACCGUGCAGUGUUAUGAUGCAAACUUGUGUUGAUCCAAUUUGGACGGGGUGAUCUUUUAAACUGAACUUGUGAUAAGGACGAACAGAAGGAUCGAGUGCAGUGUUAAUUAACUACUAAAGAUGCCGAAGAUUUUCCUAAUAAAGAAACGGUUGCACGAGCAGCAACUCGGCUUACAGGAGGGUCAGGAGCUCCUCGGCAAGGGCGACCCGCUGUGCCCUGGCUCUCCUCUCGACGACGGGCCCAUACCGCUGCUCUCCAAGAAGGACAAAGAAUGUGGCGAUCGCGACGUAUUUGGCGAGAAUAAUGGAGCAAAAAAUACACAAGAACGACGAAAUAAGGAACCCAGACGAUUCAUAUCAUCAAUACUAGGUGGCGAAAUACCUUAUGGCAGCCACAGAGGACAUGUUCUUACACAAGCUGAAAGAAAACAGUAUUUACCCGUUGUUGCUGAAGACAAAAAGACUGAAGACAAACCGCUUAUAAAAGAAGAAAAGGAUUUAAUAGAGAACGAGCCAGUAGUCCUACCAUCCAGAAAUUCGCCAUCGCCCGAAUCCGCUCCUUCUCCAGGGAUUGAUAGCAACGUAACUUGUCAAAAAGUAUCUGUGAUACAGAGAACGCCUUCACAGUCGCAAUUUCGAGACAGUAAAAAAGAACUAUCCGAUGUAACCAUUCCAGCUACACUACCUGCUUCGGAACCUGAACAAGAUCAGCCUAUCGACUACGCUAUUGCAAAAAAGAGAGGAGAAUCUGAAGACGAGGAAACGGAAAAGAAGAUAAGAGAACAGAGGCGGACUAGUAGCUCUAAAAUUGCUAAUGGAAUUUUGGCAAGGCCUUUAUUAGUUUUAAGAAAUCGUCCUGGCAGUAAAAUUCCCGGUAUUUUAUGUGCUGCUGCCGGUCAUGGACGUUCUACUGGAGGAAAUGGUUCGAAUUGCAAUUCGCAAAGUAGUGGUGGCUCUGGAAAUUUUAGCUCUGGCGCAGGAAGUGCUGCUCCGUCAUCCGGUGGGGGUGGGGCCCUAGGAGGUGGCUCAGGUAGUGGUGGUAACGGCCGAGAUGGACGAUCGAACUAUGGACCUAACAGUCCUCCAACUGGUAGCCUUCCGCCAUUUUACGAAACCUUAGGACCAUCCACUAAAAGUGGCCAAAACACAUUCAAUGCCAAUGGUAACUUCACUAACGAAUUUAACAUUAUAAAUGGGUUCAACAUGGAUUGUGAAAACAAUGAAAAUCCAAACACCAAUUUUCCUGAACAAAGUAAGCAAUAUUCGUUAAUGCAAAAUGCACAUUAUGGUUUAGCUCUUAAAGACGAAGAAAUUGAUUAUGAAAACAAACUAGAAAAUUUAAGUGCCAUUGGGUAUGGCAGCAACUUUGAUGACUCGAUGGUUGUAGAUAUGGGAGAAGAUGUGAUAGAUAAUAACCAAUUUUAUACUACUUUAACUUUCCCACCAAAUGAAGCAAUUUUAGGAAAUCUUUCAGACUCAACAGAAGAUUUUGCAAGUUUCCUUAAUAAUCAGGUGGAAUCAAUAACCGAUUCAGAACUAAGAGAAUCUUCGUCAAUCACACCUGACUCCGUACAUAAUGCCGUUGAUAUAGAAUCUUUGGCAGAGCAAGUAAAUUUAAGCCGACAGUAUUAUGAGAAAGCUAACUACAUCGCCUUUGCUAGCCAAGAACAGGGUUCAACUUACAAUUUUGCAAAGGAACGGCCUGAUUUAUUAAUGCAGCUUAAUCCAGCGCUCCUUCAAAAUGAAGGUCAAAUGCAGCAACUACAAAUACAUGUUCAACUACAACAGAGACAGCAAAUCUUGUCACCGGGAUUUCCAUUCACUAAUCCGUCUUUGGACCUCGACUCCCCAACUGGUGUUUCAUUGCCGUCUCCGGGUGGAAACAAUUCUCUGGACAGCAGUCACAUCGAGAACUCUGCUCUCAGCCCUGCUGCCGCUGUAAGUCUCAAGAAAGGCUCUGUCGCCGAUAGCAAAAUACAAAUCUUGCAACAAAGGUUGGGCCUACCAGCAGAGCUCCCUUUAGAGUUUAUCAACGGUGGGCAUGGUGUCAAAAACCCUUUAGCUACCGAAGCAAACGCUAGACAAAGAGAAGAAGAAAAAAAUAAGCAAGUGCUAGUAAGCGAAGAUGACCCAACAAAAUUUGUAUGUAGAAUUUGUACGAAGAACUUCAGCUUACAAAGACUUUUGAAUAGACAUAUGAAAUGCCACUCUGAUGUGAAACGAUACCUUUGUACAUUCUGUGGCAAGGGUUUUAAUGACACAUUCGACCUCAAGAGACAUACUAGAACACACACCGGCGUCCGACCUUACAAGUGCAACUUGUGCGAAAAAUCAUUUACCCAAAGAUGCUCCUUAGAAUCCCACUGUUUGAAGGUUCACGGAGUCCAACACACCUACGCUUAUAAGGAAAGAAGGACUAAGAUGUACGUUUGCGAAGAAUGCGGUCACACUACAUCGGAACCUGAAGAACAUUAUAUGCAUCUCAAAAAGCAACACCCUUACUCCCCUGCGCUGUUGAAGUUCUACGAUAAGAGACAUUUUAAAUUUACGAAUGCAACUUUCGCCAAUCAGCUUCUGGGCCAGCUGCCUAUGCCAGUCCAUAAUUAAGGUUUAUGAUAUUGAAAACCAAUUUUGUACCAUUAUUGAUACGUACUUACUAAUUUAUUACCUACUACAUUUAAAGUUUUGGUACAAAAUUGGAAUAAUAUGAAAUACGAAUUUAUUCCGUCCGUUUUUAAGGAAUCGAUAUAACUUAGAAGAACUUUUAAGACCCCAGUGCAUGCACUAAUUUGUCGAGUGCAAUUACACUGAAAAAGCUCGGUUUGACACUGUCUUCCAAAAUAUGGGUAUAAUGAAUUUUGUAACUAUUUCGCUGAUUAGUUUCAAAUGAGGAACAAUAUCAACCUCUUGUUCCAUUUCAAAAUACCUUAAUUUUUUAACAGUCAGGGGAAAUCCAUUAGCCUUGGUGAAAGGCAUGACUGCAAUUAAAAAAAUCAAAGUAUCGGGUAUUAUGUGCAAUCUUUGGUGAUGGUACGGGAUUAUUAAUAAGUUUAGUUGUAGUGUAAAUUUUAACAAUUAGUUGUAAGUACAUUUCUAAUAUUAUUGAAAUUAUAUAGCAAGUUUCAUUUCAAUUCAGCGUAAAUUAGAUCGGAUGAUUAUUUCGGAUGGUGCUAAACGCAAGUACAGUACUACCACUUUCAUAUGUUACGCCGAUGUACCUGCGCAGAAACCUUAUUUUGAAAUGCGCGAAAAUAUCUCUCAGCCAAUCGUAGCGCGCGUUCAUCCACUAUUGGUUGUUGCUUAAGCGCCAUGUUUUAUACGCGCGAAUUAUGAGCGAGAUAGCACGAGUCUCUGUUGGUCUUAUGUUUAAAAUCAAGGUUUAAGCAAGCCAAGCAUUAAGGUUUCAUUGAUGCACAUUCGGUUUAAGUUGGCGUCAGGUUGCGCUUUUCUGCGCAAACGAAUUUUGCCAAUUCGACGUAUAAAAGUGGUAGUAGGUACUGUAUUACAAUUGUCGCUGACUUGAAGCGAAGCUGUUAUGAUUCGGAUGACACUCUUUGUCCAAAUCAUAAACCUGCGUCAAUGCCAAUCAGGCCUUGAUCGUAACUCCAGGAUAAGGAAUCUCUUUUCCUCGUUUAGUGAUAUUAGUUUCUAAUCGUCUCACAAAAUAUUAACACAAAAAUAAUGUCACAAGUUUUGUGUUAUGUAUGUACUUAAUGUUAUGUUUUGUUCUUUGUUGGUACUUAUUAAUGUAACAAAAUUAUAAAAAUCUUGUACGUGAGAACACACAUUAGUCUCACGAUAAGUCGUACCAAGUUUAAAUGCAUUUCUAGAUUUAUUUAUAUUAUUUAAACGAAAGGAUCGAUUCGAUACAGACCGUGCUGUGAGUGUGUAUGAGAAUUGUAUUAUCUUACUGUGUAAUUAAGUUAUUAAAUGUGUUGAUUGUUACAGCAUAAUGAAACAUCGAGAUAAAUAUUGUAAAUCAAAUGAUUGAUAGUGAAAGUUUUAUCUGACAUUAUUAUGCUCAAUUUUGGUACAUUUGCGCUUUCACAGCGAAGCUUGUGGAUAUAAAAAUUGUAAAUAUGUCUAAAUUUAGUAAGUAGUAGUAAAAAUUGAAAAUAAUUAUUUCUAAAUAUUUUAGUAAUAAAUAAUAAUUAGUGUUUAUGAGAUUUUAAAAAGAUACAAUUGUUGAAAUAUUUUGUACGAUUUGGUAAGUUUUGAUAGAUCUGAACACUAUUAAUAUAUUGGCUUAUCAUACGGUUUUGCCCCAAUAUAUUAUUGUGAUAGCGCAAUGCCUUGGUAACACCUACUUCUUUUGCAUUUAUUAGCAUUUUGAUCCCAUUGUCAAGUUGUUGUUUCAUAUUUUUUUUGGAAACACUCUUGUUAUUCUGUACUGAUAAGCAAUAUAUCAAGGUUUAAACAUUA